UCUACAGUGCAGGAUGGUGGGCGUGUACUGUUAACUACAACAACCCACCUCGUGAAUAUUAUCAAGGUGCUAUUAUUUUCCCUCAUCAGAAUUAUUUUCCGUCCUGGGCUUUGCGCCCUAGUAGUGCUAUGGGGUUUUCUACGUCACCAGGGAGAAACUGUGCGAAAACAAUGCUCCUCCGCCAGAAACCAUCUCCUCCACCGGAGAGCAUUCGGGUAGAUUAGACUUCUAUUCUACCGCUCUCACCGUCCGGCGACCUCCACAAUAGCCAGCUAAAGAGAGCGGGGCAGAAGAGGGAUACAGUAGGACUGCCACAUUGGGCUGCCAUCUCCAUCGCCUUCAGAUCACACGGGACUAGAGGGAGCCUAGUCUACUCUGUUUGUUUUUCUAUUGAGGUCCAGACUGCAACUUUCCCCAGGGUACGGUCCUGAUGGCUGGACACGAGUGGGAGUAUAAGGACUGGUUCGAACGGGAGGAAUUUAUCGGACAGAUCAGCGACAUCCGAGUGCAGAAUCUUCAAGUUGAAAGAGAGGUCGUUCAGAAGAGGACCUUCACACGAUGGAUGAAUCUGCAUUUGGAGAAGUGCACUCCUCCGAUGGAGGUGAAUGACCUGUUCAGAGAUAUCCAGGAUGGAAGGAUACUCAUGGCCCUGCUGGAGGAACUGUCUGGAUGCAAGCUGCUUCAUGGAUGGAAGCAGUCCUCACAUCGUAUCUUCAGACUGAACAACAUCGCUAAGGUCCUUACCUUCCUGGAGGAGAGAAAUGUGAAGCUGGUCAGUAUUGACGCUGCAGAUGUUGCCGAUGGCAACUCUUCCAUCGUUCUUGGACUCAUCUGGAAUAUCAUCCUGUUUUUCCAGAUCAAGGAGCUGACAGGGAACAUUAAGAGUCAGUUCCCCUCGUCCUCUAGCCUCUCCUCGCUCCCCACCAGCUCAGACUCCGACACCUCCCACUCCAGCACGCCCUCCUUCGAGAGACCGCGCUCCAUCGCCAUGAGGGAUCAUGGGAAGCCCAUCAAGACGCUCCUGCAGUGGGUCCAGAGACGAACCCGGAAGUACGGUGUGGCGGUGCAGGACUUUGGGAAGAGCUGGACCAGUGGGCUGGCCUUCCUGGCUGUCAUUAAGUCUAUAGACCCCAGCCUGGUGGACAUGAGGAGAGCUCUGCUGAGGACAGCCAGGGAGAACCUAGAGGAGGCCUUCAGGACAGCCCACUACAGCCUGGGCAUACCCAGACUACUGGAUCCAGAGGACGUGACCAUCAACCCUCCAGACGAGCAGUCCAUCAUGACCUAUGUGUCCCAGUUCCUCGAGCACUUUCCUGGGAUGGAGGAGCCCCAGGAAAAUGCAUCUGAUGUGAUACAGAGGAGUGUGUCGUCGGGCAGACUCAGCUGUCGUGUCAACGACUCCUCCCACGACCUGAGGAACGGCGUCCACCGGAGCCGGGACAGAGAGAGGCCCUACGUGGUCCGGAGAGACUGGGUCCAGCCUCCGCCCAAAAUCUUAAUCUCCUCCGUCUCUGAGGAUCUCAAGUCUCCUACUUCCCCGGUCGCAGUGGAGCGCUCCUGGGUCAACGAGGGCUCGUCGGUUGGGUCCACCCCCAGCCCUGUCUUCACUGUCUCCACCUCCAGCUCCCCGCAGCCCUCCUUCGUCGACUCGGUCAUCGGCUCUGUGUCUUGCGACUCACCAAUCAGUGACUCUGUCAUCGGUUCACCAGACUCCUGCUGGGAGGGCCAUCCAAACGAGGCAGUGACUCCAGACAGGUUUGUGGAGAGCCGUAGCGAUGGGUCGCUAUGCGACAGUGGGCUAUCCUGGGACAUGAGCAUCCCUCCCUCUACCCCCCACGGGGUCACGCCUGACCUGGAGGAACCGUUGCCCUCGGUUAUGGGGCUGACAGGGAAACCCCAGGAUGGGGAGAUGUUUGUUGACGAGGCAAACUACUCUCUAAACUCGUUGGUGAGCACACAGGACAGAUCCAGAACACGCCCAGAGAGAGAGGAGGACGGGGGGGAGAAAGAGGAGGAGGAGGAGUAUAACUACAUUCUGGACCUGAGUGAGGACAAGGCAGCCAAGCAGGAGCCUGAUCAAAGAGAAGGAAAUAACAAGUACAGGUCAAGUACAGGUCAGAGUAACAGCGUUAACAAGGAGCAGGGGUGGCCAUCUUUAGAGCUCUCUGACGAGCCUCAGGAAACUGACUCUGACCAGAAGGGGGAGAGUGUGUGUGAGGGUGAGAGUGUGUGUGAGGGUGAGAGUGUGUGUGAGGGUGAGAGAGGAGGAGCUGUGUAUUCUCCACAACAUGAGAAAAUCAGCCAAUCAAAGCAGGGCUCUGACAUCACACAUCAGGAGACCCCCGACCUGCAUGAAGAGCCCAAUCAACGGGACAUUGUCCCGGAGACAACAGACAGGACAUCAGAAUGUGCCAAGAAGGAAACGGCGGAACCAUCUAGAGAUUCCAGGAAGGCUGGAAACCCUGAGGAAGAGUUAGCUAAGGAACAUUCUGAUAAAUCAGAGGGUCAAAGUGAUGUGACUGACAGAGUGGAGACGGAACACAGACAGACUACUUCUCUGUCAGAGAGGGACAGCGAUGGGGAGCGGUCCCUGGAGGAGUCAGAGGAAAGGCACAAGCAGGUCACAGAAGAGUCUGAAACACAAGAGAAGAUAACAGAUGUCUGGAACAGCCACGUAGAGUCACAGGAGAACACUACGACACAGGUUGAUGAUGUCACAGAGUCAACGCAUCCACAACCGUAUAUGGAAAUGGACCAGAGUCGGACCAUCCUGGGGGGCACCUCAGAACAAUGUCUGGACCCGGUGGAGCAGAGCCAUACUGGGACAACUCCUGCCUGCACAGAUGGUGGGCAGAGUUCCACACUCCUAACAGGGGCCGGUAAGGAAGGGAUCCUGAGCCCAGAGAUGGAAGUGGAGGCUGGGGAUGAAGACAUGUGUGGGCACCCUGGAGGUUGCUUGGUUGAGAGGACUGGAAAGUGUGAGAGAGCCUCUUGUGUUGGAGAUGCUGACGUGAAUGUAGUAGCUCCUGAGGAGAAGAGAGUCGCAGAAAAGGAACAUGACUGGGUGGAUGGGUCUGGGACCACAGACAACACAGAGACCGUAGUGGAGGUCCCCCAUCAGUGCACGCCAGUUUCCAUUAUACCCCUUGACAUGGUGUACUACCCCCACUAUGACGUCCCCAUCUCCCAGGUGAUCGAGGCUUUUGUGGAGCCUAACCCUGAAUCGAUGCUCACUGGGCUGGUUCCUCAGUCUUCUCUCUUUGACACAAACACCCAGAGCCAGGCUGUACUGCAUAGCCAGGAGGAGAGAGACUCAGAGAAGGACACAGGGGAUCAUACUGAUGGCGGUCAUAGUGAGACAGAGGUCUCUGCUGUUGAAGAGACAGGGGACAAAAUGGCCGACACAGAACAGAGUGAAACCAAGCCUGUGAAUAUGACCUAUACAGACACUGAGAGGAGAAGUGCUUUGGAGUCUGAAAGUGAACCAAUGGACUUGUUCUAUACAGACAGUGAUGCUGGCGAGAGUUCUAGAUCGGCCCUUGAGGAGCCAAUGACAGUGAGCGACACUCUGGAGCCAAUGGAUCUGUUCUACCCGGAUACAGAUGAUUGUGGCCCUGUAGAGGAAGCAGAGAACGACGUGGAGACCUCGCCGUGGUCCUCCUCCUUCAGCAAGUCAGUAGAGACCUGGCCCUCAACCUUCAGUGUGGCAGCUCUAAAACCAGCACCGUCCUCAGAACCAGAACCACUGCCAGAGACACACACACAGAUACACACAGACUCACACACACACAACACGGUGUAUCAAGAGGAACUCUGCGAGGUGUCAACCACACAGGAGCAGGAUAAGGAGAUUGAGGUGAGAGGGGGCUCUGGUGGAUCAGACCCCCAGGAACGGUGCUCCAUGCUGGGUGAGCAGACGGCGGGAGACGGUGCUGUGGUGGAGUUGGAGACCCACCGUGGGCCUGCUGAGAGCAGUGAUCUCAUCAUGACUGACAAGGAGAGGCCUGGCUCUGCUGCUGCUGCCAGAGAAAGCAACGAGACCGUGAGAAGGAACGCUGACAGUGAUGGAGCCCUAGAUGAUCAGUGUUCUAUGUGUUUUACUCCUCUCCACAAGAGGAAGAACAAUGGCUCCAAUGAGAACGACAAUCAGAAAAGUUUGGCAUCCAGCCGAACUCACUGUACCAAGUCUGACACCAGCUGGAAGAAGAUACAGAUUCCAACGUCAUUGACAGAGUACUACGUUCUCCUGCUGCUGUGGCUGGUCCUCUACUGUCUGUUGGUGCUGCCACAGAUCCACUACAGAGACCUGCCACUCCUUCUGCUCAACCUGGGCAAAUGAACACACACACACACACACACGUCAUGUACAUGUCACACACACGACACAUACACAAGUACGUACACACAUACACACACUCAUUCUCACAGGCAUGCAUACACACACACACACUCAUUCUCACAGGCAUGCAUACACACACACACUCAUUCUCACAGGCAUGCAUACACACACACACACACACUCAUUCUCACAGGCAUGCACACACACACUUUGCUAUCUUCUCCAGUCAACAUUGUCCCUCAUUCAUAUCGGCCCUUAACCUUUUCCUUUCAACACAUUUCAUAUCGACAGCAAAUUAAGGCUUUUUUUUAUUCCAGAAUAAUUUAAAGGUUUUUAAAGAUUCUGCUCUUUGGCUUUUAAUGUGGCUUGAACUGAUAUGCUUACAUUGUAAAGACAAAGCUAUAACUCUGUAUGUUUCUCUGAGUUUAUUGAUGUACAAAGAGAGAAGUCUUGUAAGAGUCUGUAGGAUUGUACAGAACACAUUCUUUUAAAUGUUUUGUUUUCUGCAAAGAGUUUGAAUACAGUUUAUGAAGCUUUGCAGUGGGCCCAUUUAUGUAAAUGUUGUGGAAAAACAUGUUUCAGAUUCAUCCCUUUAUGUCAUUUUAGAAUUUACACAACGUUUGAUAAGAAAAAGUAAGAAAAUGUGAGGUAUUUCACAGACACACAAAUAUCACAUCCAAGACAUGCUAACCUCUCACCAUUACAAUAGCAAGGUAUAUUAGCAUUUUCUAUCAUACCUCCAAGACAUGCUAACCUCUCACCAUUACAAUAGCAAGGUAGGUUAGCAUUUUCUAUCAUACAUCCAAGACAUGCUAACCUCUCACCAUUACAAUAGCAAGGUAGAUUAGCAUUUUCUAUCAUACCUCCAAGACAUGCUAACCUCUCACCAUUACAAUAGCAAGGUAGAUUAGCAUUUUCUAUCAUACCUCCAAGACAUGCUAACCUCUCACCAUUACAAUAGCAAGGUAGAUUAGCAUUUUCUAUUAUACCUCCAAGACAUGCUAACCUCUCACCAUUACAAUAGCAAGGUAGGUUAGCAUUUUCUAUCAUUCCUCCAAGACAUGCUAACCUCUCACCAUUACAAUAGCAAGGUAGGUUAGCAUUUUCUGGGGAUUAUGAUAUUUGUGCAUCUGUAACUUUCUCACUCAUCAUUAUUCACAAUUCAUUCAGGACUAUCUGUAAUCAUGGUAGCAUCCACAUUAAUGUAGAAGUGUUUAGAAACCUAUUCUGUAAUGAUUUACAAUAAAAGGGACUCCAAAUGACACAACACAUUAUUUACCAUUCAUUUGUAUUGGGUGCAAAGUAAUCUGAAAAACAACCAAAACAAACAGAAAAUGCUUGAUGUAAUCACUGUGUUCUAGGAAUAUGGGACCAAAUACUCAACUUUUGACUACUUUAAAACACAUAUAAGUAAAUUUGUCCCAAUACUUUUGGUCCCCUAAAAUGGGGGUACUAUGUAAAAAAAAAUGUUGUAAUUUCUAAACGGUUCACCCAGUAUGGAUAAAAAUGCUCAAAUUAAAGCUGACAGAUCCAAAGUGCUGGAGUACAGAGCCAAAACAACAACAACAAAAAGUCACUGUCCCAAUACUUUUGGAGCUCACUGUAUUUACACAUUUGAGAUAAAGCACAAAUUUCAUUGGGCGAUGAACCUCUAGAAGGUACUACUUGUCUUACAAGAAUCUCUCAGUGGAUUCUGCAGAGGAUUGAGAGGGUGUCAGUUGUGAGGCUUGGAGGGUGUCAGUUGUGAGGCUUGGAGGGUGUCAGUUGAGAGGCUUGGAGGGUGUCAGUUGUGAGGCGUGGAGUGUGUCAGUUGUGAGGCGUGGAGUGUGUCAGUUGUGAGGCUUGGAGGGUAUCAGUUGUGAGGCUUGGAGGGUGUCAGUUGUGAAGCGUGGAGUCUGCCAGUUGAGAGGCUUGGAGGGUGUCAGUUGUGAGGCGUGGAGUGUGUCAGUUGUGAGGCGUGGAGGGUGUCAGUUGAGAGGCUUGGAGGGUGUCAGUUGUGAGGCUUGGAGGGUGUCAGUUGUGAGGCGUGGAGUCUGCCAGUUGAGAGGCUUGGAGGGUGUCAGUUGUGAGGCGUGGAGGGUGUCAGUUGUGAGGCGUGGAGGGUGUCAGUUGAGAGGCUUGGAGGGUGUCAGUUGAACUUUUUGAAACACAGUGUGUGAACUGCCAAAGAUACAGUGUUUGGAAUGCUGAAUAUAGAAUAGUCAACUCACCACUAUAAGUUAACACACAGAGGAACUAGUUAUGAAGUGACAAUAUUGGUUUAAUAAUAAUAUGUUGGUCUUAUAUUUUAAGGAUUUUCAGAAUGCUGAAGCAUAUCAAUCUUUGUCAUGUCUAAGGAUACGUUGGAAGUACAGUAUAUUAAGGCAUUUUUUAAGUUUAAUGAUUAAUUCCGUUAAAUAGUUAUGUUUGUAUGCCUGUGGGUUGUUUUUUAAACUGCUGUGAUUGAUUCAGCUAUGCUUGAGCUUGUAAAAGUCAUUUUAAUAAAAAGAGAAUGGUUUAUGAUGAAUUGUUUCUUUAGAAAUGUUUUUUUAGCAAUGUCUGUAAUUAAGUAAUGUACCAUGAUAAACAUUUGAUUUAAAUCUGCUUUUGUUUUUCAGCCACCUGAAUCUUCAAAAUAAUUCCUCCAACUAGCACAGAAUUCCUAUGAAAUAAGAUUGUAUUUGUCACAUGCGCCGAAUACAACAGGUGUAGACUGAAUACAACAGGUGUAGACUGAAUACAACAGGUAUAGACUGAAUA